AUGAAGAUGAACGGCCCUUACUUUUCGGAAAUCCUCCUGAACGCCAUUCUCUCCCACUCGCUUCGAUGGUGCAGGGACGAACCGAAGAUUGCUCGUAUGCUUGAUGCAUACGAUGGAGGGCAGCAAUUCCGACAACGAGCCGUGACGGGGUUAUUCGAAAGUUUGAAAGGUGGAAACGGUCAAAUAACUGUUGUCCAAACGCUUCUUCUUCUCAGCGCUCAGGAAUGCGGCCGUGGAAAUCGUACCCAGGCGUGGUUAUACAGCGGGAUGGCCUUUCGACUGCUAGAGGAUUUGGGCAUAACCAUCGAUAGCCGAAAGUACUCUGGGUCAGUGCAGUUCUCAGAUGAAGACGUUGAGAUAAGAAAUCGACUUUUCUGGAGCUGUUACUUUUGGGACAAACUGGUGUCACUGUACUUUGGUCGAUCUCCAAUCAUCCAGGAUACCCCGGUCUCUCCGCCGCGGAUUCUUUUGGAUGAUACUGCAGAGAUCGAGAUAUGGACUCCUCACGGAGUAGUAUUCCCCGAGGGCAUGCACUAUCCUCCGACACAGGCACAUUCAACGUCAUGCUUCAUGAAGAUGUGUUCGUUGGCUGAAAUCCUUAAUCAAAUUAUUAUCCAUAUCUACGAUCCUGUUCGCCAGAGCACGGAAUCUCAGAUACAGGAAUGUGUGGAUAAACAGGGAGCCAAUCUCGAAAAAUGGUGGAAUGAGCUCCCGCCAUUCCUAAAACUUAUCCCCAAUAAUCUUCCCACAUAUUGCCCACCAAGCCAUGUUGUGACUCUUAAGUAUGUUAUCUGCCCUUGUUCUUCAAGUGUACCGCUUACUAAUUCUUCUAUUAGCUGCAUAUAUCACACUACCAACAUCCUCCUCCACCGUCCAAUGCUCUGCUCCAGGCCUUUCAGGUCAAGGGCAAAUGCUGCAAGCAAUGCUAACCAUUUGGUUCAAUGCCUCUCCUCUGCAUCCUCCAACAUAACUCUUUAUGACCUCUUUAGACGGACAUUUGGUGACAGUCACGUCGUUCUGUCUCUUGCAUACAGUUUAUAUACGGCUGCUUCUAUCUUCAUACUUGAGAUCCAGGCAUUGAAAUAUGCGUCUCCUUCAACGUUGGAAAAGCUGAGAUACUGCAUCCUAGCCCUUGAACGCGUGAAAGCUGCCAAUCCAGCUAACCUUGAACUAGUAAUACACACUGCCCUCGGCCUAAUUGAGAAAGAGCUCAAGAAGCUCCGAAUCAAUAUAUUCGACACCCCGGCCAACCCAGAUCAACAAACCAUCCCGGCUGUAUCCCCGCAAACUACUACAUCGUCGCCGCCUUCUUCUCUAGACCCCUUACAUAGCCAACAUAUGUAUACCCUGCCACCCCAUGGGGCGUUUAGUAUCACACCUCCUCCAGCAGAUCCCCAGCAGGCACAUCAGCAGCAACAACAGCCAUUGCCACACCAAAACACCACCUUCAUGAUGGAUACCCCGCCGCUACCUGACCCUCCUGACUUCAUCGCUCAAGAUCGAAUGUAUGAAAUCGCUCCAGAGCUAUUCGAAGCCUUCUCAUAUGCGGAACCCAACACGCCCGGUGGUGUUGGGGCAGGGUUCGACUCUACUAACUGGGCCGGCACUGGGCCAACAAGUUAG